UAAUUAGGAAGACCAUGUGGAUUUGCACCGCCUGCUUGAUCAUGGUAAUACUCAGCAUGAGUAACGAACGAUCGGUUGACUCGUUGAAAAACGAUCUCUUUGCUUCCCUAGUCAACCGCAUCGUAUCUGACUUGAAAACGAACAAUGUAGUUCUUUUUGGAAGCAAAUCAGCCAGAUCGUACAGUGAUGCUUUCUGUAACCGACUGAUGCCCAAAGUACCUACAAUUUCCAUCGAUUUAAGCAAAAUGAUGAUCGAUAAGGACAAUCGAUCGUUAUCUCUGCCGAUCUUGCGGCAUCCCACCUUCUCAACUUUGUACGUCUUCUUGGUGAAUCGGGAUGAAACUGGUGACUACCUGAAGAAUCUCGAGAGCACAUUAAAUACUACUGUCCGGGUGUCGCCGAUUUCAGCAAGACCGAACUGUCUGAUCGUUUGCUACAGCGAGGAGACCUCAUCUCUGGACAACUGGAGCAACCUGCUCAUCUACGCCUGGUCACUAAAGUUUCUAGAUUUCACCGUCGCAAUAGUGACUCCAGGUGAGUCGCCAAUACUAUACGAUUACAACCCGUUCACAAAGAACUUUCGCAAGAGACUCCUGGCUCCCAGAACCGAUCUCUUUCCCUACAAGCUUGACAACCUCCACGGCUACGCUCUGAAGAUCCCGGCCAUCGAACUCCAGCCGUAUCUCUACAUAAAGCGCAACUCCGAAGGCGAAGUAGUCGACCUCGACGGUAUGUCCUUCAAGUACUGCCAGAUCUUCAGAGAGAGUCUGAACUUCACGACCACGUUCGUGACCGGUAUGGAGCACACGGUGCUUCACGCCAACUUCCCACCGAUCUUCCAACGACUUGGCAACGCCGAGAUCGACAUGCUCAGCUUCCCCUUCAACGUGCGCUCCAUCGUGUACGACUUCUGCGAUCGUUUGCAGCUAGGUAGGCUCUUUCUUAACACCAACUACGUGUUCAUCGUACCGAUCUUGCCGAUUGCCAAGAUCGAUAUCCCCCUCGACGUGAUCUGUUUCGUACCGGUCUUCGCGCUGAUCGUUGUGGUGUACGAAGCUGCGCAGAGGCUGCUGCGUUUUCCCAAAAAGUACUGGGAGGUCUGCAAGAUCUUUCAGAUUUUGCUAGGAGUCACGGUACCCAGACCGUCACCGAAGAAGAUGGUGGAGAAGAUCGUCUACUUCAGUCUGAUCAUGCUGUCGAUGAAGUACUCGAUCGACGCGCUCACCAAGAUCAUGGACAUCAGGUUGCUGAAGGGAGAGGUGGCGUUUAAGUCGCUGGAGGAAAUCGCGGAAUCGGCACUACCGAUCUACACCCUGGACUUCAUCAUCGAGCAAACUUACGGCAACAACGACGAGGAAGUCAUCCAGAAGCUCAAGAAAAAGACCUUUCCCGUUGCGGAUAUCUUCCAGUGCAUCUAUCGGAUGGUCGAUAACAAGAGCUGCAUGUGCAUCACACCCCACAGUGCAGGAGCCUACGUGGCGAAGAUGUUCAUAAACGAGGACGGCAUCGUGACGACGAAAGUGGCCCGACCCUCUUUGUACGACGACAUGGCAGCUUUCGCAUUCGAAAGAGCCUCGCCGUUCGCUCGGCGCUUCGACGAGCUGGUCCAGAGGAUCGUCGAGUCCGGCAUCUCCGACAGUUGGGACAUCGCCCAGCAGUACACCGUCAAGCAGUCGGAUUUCGCGCGGCGCAAACCCAUCAAAGAGAACAUCUUCCUGAUGCAGCUCUACGCCGUGCUUUCCGCCGGUUACGUGCUCGGCUGCUUAUCGCUAAUGGCUGAGUUGGCCUGCAAGCGAUACUGCGCCUGCUCCAAGUAGACGUGGGCGGAGGCUUUUCCCUGUAAAUAGUAGAGAAAUAUCGUGUUUUCGCGUUGCCUCGAUAAAACGAGGAUUGUGUAUUCUUUGGUAUAUACGCAUGUGAGAGCAGAAUAAAGUAAAGCUUUUGAGUAAAA